ACGCCUUCGCUGUCAAUGCGAACGAAAGAGAAGGAAGAACGGAUAGUCACACAGCUGAACCUCGCUUUAAAGACAAGAUGGCAGGACUGCCCCGCAGGAUCAUUAAGGAGACCCAGCGUCUGUUGGCGGAACCUGUCCCAGGUAUUAAGGCUGAGCCCGACGAAGGGAACGCCCGCUACUUCCACGUAGUCAUUGCUGGGCCCCAGGACUCUCCCUUCGAGGGGGGCACCUUCAAACUUGAACUCUUUCUCCCUGAAGAGUACCCCAUGGCAGCUCCGAAAGUACGCUUCAUGACCAAAAUAUAUCACCCCAACGUAGACAAGCUUGGAAGAAUAUGCCUAGACAUCUUGAAAGAUAAGUGGUCCCCGGCCCUGCAGAUCCGCACAGUGCUGCUAUCCAUCCAGGCGUUACUAAGCGCUCCCAACCCUGACGAUCCUCUAGCCAAUGAUGUUGCAGAGCAGUGGAAGUCCAACGAGGCUCAAGCCAUAGAGACAGCACGGACCUGGACCAGGCUGUACGCGGGGAACAACAUCGAGGUGUAGCCUGGCGCACUGGGCAGAGGAGCCAGGGGGAGUACAGUGUGCAAACAACUCACGUUCUGCCAAGACUCCUACCACAUUUGCAUUUAAAGGACACAGUCUUAGAAAAAAAAUGUCAUUUAUUAUUAUUAUUAUUAUAAAACAACCAAUAAGGAAUAUAUUUUAAAAGGCAAUUGGUGAUUUAAAUGCACAUUUACAGAAGAAAAAAAACUUUAAACAAAACAAGAAUCUGACCAUGUCUUUGUCCUAAUUCACUACUGUUCAAAUGCAUGGGCAGGGGCUGCCUUCUCAUCGGGCUUUCUUUGUCUAUUGAUUUGGGAGUCUAGCCUAUGCAGCCUCUGGUUUAAAACAGUGCAUUUAGGUAGAAAGGAAAAAAAAUGGGUGUGAUUUGUCUGUCCCAUGUUUAUUCUUUUCUGGAAGGAGGGGGGGGGGGGGGGGGGGGGGAGGGGGA